GGCCUUUGAAGCUGCUGAAGAGAUAGAAAAUUCUAGAUUGCAGAUGACAGGGGAACUCCAGGGCUGUCCACUUCCUGUCCCACUGGGGCCAGAUCCUCCAAGGCCCCCAGUUCUUCAAGAUGUCCAGCAGCCAGUGCAUGACCCCAGGCAGACAAACUCCAAGGAACAGGCUGCCUGCCCGCCAGCACACAAAUGCCAGCAGUCCCAGGAGACCCAGGUGCCUGGUGACAUUCCUGAUGAUGCUGUGAAGGAAUACAUGGAAAUCAUGGACUGGCUAGAGGACCAUCACCUCUUGGCCACAGGGGAACCUGAAGAAAACCAGGAAGAGGGGCAGCAGCAGGAAGAAGAAGAGAUGUACCCAGACCUGGAUCUCUUGAGUUACUUGGAUGAGCUCUGCUCCCAGGAAGACUUCAUCUCCAAGGUGGAGGCCAUUAUCAACCCCCAAUUCCUGGUAGAAGCAGAAUCUGAAGAUGUGGAGAAGGACAUCAUCUUGGCUGUAGGACAGGUGCUAGAAGAUGAGCAUGGAUUCACUCCUGAACAGCUGGUGGAGAAGCGCCUCCUGGGCUCCAAGGUACAGGAAGGUGUGUACAGGCCCAGUAGCCCAACGGCACCCCAACCUGCUGCCCUCCAAGAUGCAGAGCGAGAUGACCAUGAGCCCAAACAAAGGGUCAGCAAGGAGGCCUGCACCCCUCCAAAAGCUUCUCAGGUCCUUAAGAGAUGCCGGGCCAUUGAUGAAGAUCUUCCAGGGUCUGAGGUCCCUCCUGUCCUGCACAGGCGACAAAGUCCUGCUCCCCUGGGAGCCUUCAGUCAUAAUGCUCUUCCCCAGGACCUGGCACCCCAAUGUGCCCUGGGCCUCAGAAACACCUCUCCUACUCCGGGGCUGUGGGAUCCGGCAUCCAGCCUGGGUGAGGACGAGGAAGACUUCUCCAGCCUGUCCUUCCUGCUGGCCUCCCCUCGCCAGCUGCUGCCCUGGGAAUUGUCCCAGACUCCAGGCCCUGAUGUGGGCCUCCAGGGCCCCAAUGGUCCAGCACCCCAGGCCUCACCUCCCCAAGGAGGAGGCCUCAGCCCUGGCCUCCCUUUACCUGCCAGAUCCAAGAAGCGAGUCCGCUUGGGAGGCUCAGCUCCUGUGGGAAAGAGGUCCCGCCUAGGGCCUUCCUAUGAGGUCUCUGGAGGCCAAGAUUUGGCUCAGGGGCAGGUUCCACUCUCAGGGCCUCAGAAGCGGCAGUGUAACAAGUUAGGCUCCCAGAGAUGGAGGAAGAAGCACUGAAACCAGAAGGCUGGUGGGAAGACCUUGGGGUGCUUGUCCCUCAGGUGGGGCUUAGCAGAUUUCACCCUAGCUGC